CCAGCGCCAAGAUGGCGGCGGGGCCCAGCCAUUGGUUGCUGUUACGCUAUCAGGCGCCAUUCCUACCGCCCGAGUUCCUCCCGCCGGACCGGAGGGCCUGGAGGCCGCCCUGUGGGCGUCAGCAGGUCGAAAAACGCCGACUUUACCUCAGGGAUUUAUUGGCCGGGCCGACCUGCGGGGGGUUGGCUGGAGGGGGAGGCAUUUCGGCGGCUGUCGUUGUUCGUGCGAGGGGCCCAUGGGGGCCUGAGGCGGAGGGAGGUAAUGCUCGGCCGGAUUGUCUCCUUGGCGACGGCCAGGGAGAUCGUGGCGUUAUUGAGCGAUGUUACCACCCCCCCUCCCCAUCCCUUUUUUUUAAAUAAGCACUUUUUAUUCCAGGGGGUGGGGAAAAACCACGAGCGCUGGGGGAAAAAAAAAUCCCUUGUGUUCGUCAACAGCCAUCUUUCCAUGACAUGAAGUGUGUGCAAAGUCCAGUGAAAAGAGACCACGAACAAAAAAACUACAUCCCCCAUUUAUACAGGAGCCUUGGUCUAAAUGGGUCCAGUCAUGCCUCCCAGUAAGAAGCCAGAAGGCUCUGGAAUUAGUGUUUCGAGUGGACUGAGCCAGUGUUACCCAGGAAGUUCACUAACCAAGGCGUUCCAGGAAGUUGAGGAACUGGAUAUUACGAGCAGUUAUUUGCCUGCCAUCCGUUUGGAAAAAGUAGCCAUGGAGGAUGAAGAGUUAACAAACCUGAACUGGCUGCAUGAGAGCAAAAACCUGCUCAAAAGUUUUGGGGACACUGUACUCCGUAGUGUUAGCCCGGUUCAGGAUAUCGAUGAGGAUACUCCACCAUCCCCUGCUCAUUCUGACCAGCCAUAUGAUGCCAAGCAGAACCCUAACUGUAAACCACCUUAUUCUUUUAGCUGUCUCAUAUUUAUGGCUAUUGAAGAUUCACCCAGCAAACGCCUGCCUGUUAAGGAUAUAUACAACUGGAUCCUAGAACAUUUCCCUUACUUUGCAAAUGCUCCGACUGGGUGGAAAAAUUCUGUUAGACAUAAUUUGUCAUUGAAUAAAUGUUUCAAGAAAGUAGACAAGGACAGGAGUCAGAGUAUUGGGAAAGGCUCCUUAUGGUGUAUAGACCCAGAGUACAGACAAAACCUCAUUCAGGCUUUGAAAAAGACACCCUAUCAUCCUUAUUCUCAUGUUUUUAACACGCCUCCCACUUCCCCACGAGGAUAUCAAAGCACAUCAAGUCCACCCCGUUGGCCAGGAAGUGCUUUCUUUAAGAAGAAUGGAGCGCUUCAAGAUUCUGAUAUUGAUGCAGCCACUGCCAUGAUGCUGCUGAAUUCUUCCCCUGAGGUGAAAGGAGCAGAAUAUGCUGUAGGAGUUAUGCCAAAUGGAGGUCGAGCAUACAGUCGAGGGCCAUUCAUCGGUAUGAAGCCACUGCCAAUUAAUAACAUUGGAAGUAUGGCUGCAGCAGUAAGGAAUGGAAUUGCAAACUGUCGGAUGCGGAAUGAUAGCGAACAGUCCUGUGGCUCCCCUGUUGUCAGCAGCGACCCUAAAGAAGAUCACAACUACAGUGUCGCAAAAUCUUCCAAUCACAGGAGUACAUCCCCCACCAGCGACUCUACAUCAUCUUCCUCUGCCGAUGACCACUACGAGUUUGCCACGAAGGUUAGCCACGAUGGGAGUGAGGCCAGUGAAGGGAGUUACCACUGCCAUGAGAGUUACAGCGAGACAGAAGAUGAAGAGAGAAAAAACAAAAAGGAAAGCAAGGAUUCCUUAGCAGACAGUGGGUACUUAUCCCAGCACACAAAACGGCAGCACAUGACAAAAGCAAAAAAAAAUGCAACUGAGACACUACCACUUAAAAAGAGGCGCACAGAAAAACCACCAGAAAGUGAUGAUGAGGAAAUGAAAGAGGCAGCAGGUUCACUCCUGCACUUGGCAGGGAUUCGCUCCUGUUUGGAUAACAUCACAAACCGCACUUCAAAAGGGCAGAAAGAGCAGCAACAUUCGGCAAAAAAUUAAGACAAUAAUGCACAGCCUCUUUAAGAUUGUUGGCAGAAAUUUAUUUUCUUUCAGCACGUCAGGUGAAUUAUAAUGAUUUGUGGCAAUAUCAGCAAUCACUUUGUUUUCCUAUUUUAAGCCCCCUUGAGUUUUUUUAAAUAUAUAAAAAAUAAUUUUUGUUUAAGGAGAUUGAAGCCAUAGCAAAACUUUUACUGACACUCAGCUAAUUUGCAAAAGCUUUUCAUUGACUGACUGACAACAAAGCCAAAAUCACUGCACCUUUUCUCUCUCCUCCUCUUUCUCUUCCCCUCCCCCUCCCCCACCCCCUCCCCCACCCCCACCUCUCUGUUCAUUCUUUCAACCUGACAAUACAGGUGCAUGCAGGAUGCAUUACACUGACACAUGUUGAGUUUGCAUUUCGAAUCCCGCAUUGUUGUAAUGUGAAAGGAUGGGUUGGUGAUGGACUGUUCAUAUCCAGCCAUACAAAAUGACAGCCAGCCUGAACAGCACAAUGACCAAGAGCCACCUGUGGUAUCUGGACAAAAAGAAGAAAAUUAAUGUGCUGCUAAGGACUGUGAUGGAUUCAUUGGAGGCAACUGCACUUAAGUACCAGAGAUCUGGGUCUUUUAACAGGAGAGCAGAUGAUGGCCAUCAUUAUUAGGCAAAUCAAAACAGGGAAGAACUGUCUAUUUAAAGUUUUAAAAAGUAAUGCUGCCAUUGGUCAGUUCCACAAAUUUAUCAUCUUAAACCCCAAAUGCGCACACACACGUUCAAAGCCAUAUGCCUGAUGGAUGGCACUGCGUGCAAAGAGAAAGAGAAAACACAGCAUUUGAAACUGCCUGAGUGACGUAAAAGCAAUCAAGUCUUGCAAAGAAAUUCAUAAUCAAGCGAUAACACGAUAGUGAUACUGAUUCAUCCUGACAGAUCGAAACAUUUUGAUCUGGCUAUGAUGAGGAAGACGGCAAAACGAUAAAAAGAGAAAAAAAGCUCUAAAGCCUGCCAUGAGUAUUAUUCUGAAACAGAAUUGCUGAAUAAUGAUAUCAGUGAGCUCCUCCACUGCCCUGGAACUGGAGUAAGCAUCUCUCUCAGUCAGGAUAUGUGUAUGAUAAAAGACCAUUGAUUUUGGAAUAUAACCUACGUAGCCAGCAGGAUUAUUCAAUCCAUGUUGCAUGGGUUCUUUGAACAAAAACUUUGCUUUUUAUUCAAAGACGAAAAAAAGUUCAUGUAAGGUAAAUAAUGUAUUUAGCAUGAGCAUGAAUUAUUUUCAUAUAAAUAUAGAAAAUAGAGAAAAGGCUAUGCCUCUAAUUUUUAAGCCCUUAGGCCUAGUUUUUGUUUUGAAGCAGGUGAUGAGGUUUAACCUUUUUUUCAGGGAAAAAAAAACUGACUGUUGGGGAACUUACUCUGCAAUAUGAAGACUUCACAUUUCUGGUAGGGCUUGGAUGGUUGAGUAUACUGCCUUGUCUGCAUAUUCAAGCCCCACUAGAGGCUUGUAAGAUAAACAGAACAGUGACAGGUAACAUAUAAGUGUGUCCCCCAGUAUAGAGUGGGAAGGGAU